UUUUAUCCUUGCUCGUCUAUUUAGUUCAUUUGUCCUCUUGUAAUAUUUUUUCAUGAAAUAUUAAAGAUGGAUGGUAUCUUGUUGUGGAGCCAAACAAUGUUUUGAGGAUAAAAACCUCCUGUGUGUAUGUGAGUGAGAGAGAGGGAGGGAGAGGGAGAGCGAGAGGGAGAAAUCGACCUCUCUUGAUUUAGCAACAGUAAAUCAAUAGUUUCUCACAGAGUAAAACCUAACCACACAGUCCAGCCUCCGCAGUUUGCUGUCACCUACUGGAUUUUGAGUGGGGGCUUCAUGAACACUGGCACCUUCAGAAGUGUGAUGGAUUUAUAUAUAAAAAUAAUUACACGUGGACUGCUGUGUUUUAAACUGCCAAUUUUGUGCUGUUGCUGCUUGGGCGCGCACCUUACUCCAGACCAGAGAGAGAGAGAGAGAGGCAGAGGGAGUCGAGCAUGCUGCAGCGACUCAACUUGCAGCGUAGGGCGCGGAGAGGACGCGUAUGGCAAAUCGCAGCUGGUCUGGCUGCGUGCACGGAUGAAGAGCCCCGCUUUUCUCUUACCAUGAAUGCAGACGUGAUGAAGGGACGAUCGGCGACUUAACCAAAGAGGAUACCGCUCCUCGUACCGUCUGGUAGACAGUAGCCCCAUAAAUUUCCCCCGGCGGUAUGGACGGGUUGCAAGCAGAAAAUACUGGAGUUGGUGACAUCGGGGAAGACGCGGACGAAAAGUACCGCGCUCUCGCCUACGACACUGCUCUGAGCACUUUGGUGGCGGUGGCCCUGUAUGUCGUGGUGAAAGUGAGCCUGGACGGCUUCAGACAGUGGCGCGCCAGGAUCUCGGUGCUCAUCGUGGGUUCGGGACCCGUGGGACUGACGGCCGCCCUGGUCGCUGUCCGCUCGGGGAAGGUGCUGAAACUGACCGUGCUGGAUGAGCGGUACCGGACCGCCCUGCUCUGCCGGCCCCAGCAGAUCGCCCUGGAUCCCCGCAGCGUUAAGUUUCUGCUGGGACUCGGAGUGGACUUUGAUAACAUGGAGGGCUGCUGGCACGACGACCAUUUCUUCACCAGAAUAGGCGUGUUUCAGGAGUACCUGCUGAGCAUCCUGGAGCAGAAGAAACAGAGGGUGGACGUCAAAGUGCAGCUGGGAACCAAGUUCACAGAGGAAUACUUGCGGCGGAUUCCACAUAAUAACUGGCCGCGUGUGAUCGUGGUGGCUGACGGGUCGUGCGGCGACUCCUGCUCUGUUCUGGGAAUCAGCUCCGACUACACCGUGGAGUCCUGCCAUGCCUAUGGGGCUAAUGCCACUAUAGAGAGAUUAGACCAGAGACAGGUGCCCACUCCUGAGAUCCGGGCCCACAGCCUCUACUUUGACCUGUCUGCUUACGGGGUGGAGGCCCUCCGAGAGCACCGAAACCCGACAAGCAAGCCCGGCUUCCACCUGAAGAUCUAUGGAACCUUCAGAAACCGCUACAUGGCUCUUGUCUGCCCUGCCUCGGACACCAAGAUGGUUCGCUUUCUCCGGCACACCGCAAACUCCUCUAUCAUGAAGAACAUUUUCCACCAGUCGUUCAACGCCUAUAAGACCGACAUCGAGCCACGCCUCAGCGACGUGACGCUCCACCACAUGCAGUGCAGCCGCCGCCUCUUUGAGAUCCAGCUGUCACACAGGCGGAUCAGCGCCGCCUACAUAGAGGGAGACAACGUGGCGGUCACUGUGGAGGGCGAGGCGGCGCGUGUCCUCAAUUUUGACACAGGUUGCGGAGUGAAUCUGGGUUUGCGGGGCCUCGAGUCGAUGGGGACGUUCAUUUACCAGACAGCCACGGCCGUGGACCAGAAUGAUAUCCUAGAGGCACUGUCAGCUAAGAUGCAGCACUCCAGACAGGUGGCUGAGACCUUCAAACAGACGGGUCUUGCUGAGUCAAUGUAUGAAUGAAGUCUCCGACAGCCCGGUGAAUGCAUAAUGCCACCUAGUGGAAAGAGCUGGAGGAUUAAUCAGGGAGCACUACAGUGGAUCGCAUGUCUGGUAGAGAAAUGGACCGCUGGGUUGCCCUGUUAAUCAAAUGACCUGACCUGACCACAUGAGUGCAAAUGCACAGAUUAACCGGUUCAGAGCCUGGCUCUGGCUGGACGGACGUCUACAGUAUAUUAUCAUCCACUUCUUUUUACAACAACCUUUAGAAAGAUAAAAAAAAAAAAAAAGGAAAGAAGUAGAUCAUUGAUGGUUGCAUACCAAAUUUUCUGAAUGAGUGUAAACUGGUGAGUAAUGGGUGUCAACGUGUUUAUCCACUGAAUACAGAUAUAUAGGACUAUUUCUCAUAGUCUAGAUGGAAUAAACGAAGAACAUUUAUUUAUGUUCCAUCAGUCCUUUAAAUAGGGAGAUAACUGACUUGAUUUCCAAAUCAUGUAACAGAUUAUUAUGUUCUGCAAUAUGUGUUCUCAGAAAAAAAAAACACUCUUGUAGCGUUAUCAGCUUUAACUCAGAAAUGUAUAAAUGCAACGUCCAAUGAUUUAACCAAUAAUACUCGUGCAGAAUCAUAUGACGGGAGGCGGCAGCUGCUCCAAAGUGUAAUUAUCAAUUCCUUUGUCUUGUGUUUGCGUGAUGAUGUGCUGUUCAUUAGGGCGAUGACGUUCUCAAGUAUUUGCUAGAGUGGCCUAUUUUUGUGCGCUGCCCCGUUAUUGAGAUAUUUUAGCAUAUUUCAGAAAUUGAGCGGUGCGACAGUAUCGAGCAACGGUGUUAUGUGCCAACCGCGUUCUUACAAAUUUAUUUAGCUGGUGUCCUUGAUCUUUUUAUAUUUGGAUCCAAGUGGUCUGCUCUGUCUCAGUGAUCAUAAUUUUGUUGAAGUGCCAAUAAAGCUGGUGACACGCUG